GGGCGCAUUUGUCUGGUGCGCAGCGCCGCCCAACUUGUUGUUCACUUUGACAAAUUCCUGGACUUGAGCAGAUCAGAUAAAGCGACUCUGGUCUUUGAUUUUCGGACUAACGGUUACACAGUGAGUAUUUCAAAAGUUGAUAGAACAUAUUACCGACGUCGAAACGUAUUUUAUUUUUCAAAUAUUUGGCAACAGUGAGGUGAAAACCAUGGUCAUCUCAGGUUCAGUUUGGUGUUGGGCUAUUUUGACUUGCGUUUUAAGCUCUUUUUACAAUAUGUUGACAGCAUACGCUGAAAUAAAUUGGCCAGCGAGUUCCACAACGACGAACGUUUGGCUUAACCGUAUUGAUACAUUGCCUUUGGAGCUGCGCACAAACCUAAAAUCCGUAUGGGUCAAAAUCCCAAAGUAUAUCGUCAAGGAAUCUGCCUUUUCCAGAGCUUUUAAAAUGGAACCAAUUGAUGGAAAAGCGGCGGUUCCAAAAGGUGGAGGGAGAUUGCCAAAGGACUUGAAAGGAGUUAUUGGGAAAGUGCCACCUGAUGCUAUAUCUUCUGGCAGAUAUAAAACGGCGCCAAACCGUUCCAAGUAUUUUACUGAUGACAGAAAAAAGUCUGGCCGUUUUUUUGACGCAAAUGACGGCACACUUGCUUUAAGUAACCGUACAAUGACAAAGCGAAGUACAGCCUACGGCGAAUAUUCGGACAGGAGUCAAAUUGGAGGUCCUGGUGACGCAUUUUCAGCCGAGAAGCUUUUGGAGCCUUUUGGUGUUUAUAGUCCGAGGACAGAAUACCGACGAACUGGGGAGGACGCAAGAACUGGUCCGAGGCAAAGUGAGUCGCUUCUGGUCACCUCUACUUUCCCUCUAUCCGGCGACUCUGCGCACAACCAGGCGAUGGGACACUGGGUUGGAGACAACAGCAGCGUGAUCCUGACAUUGACGAAGCAGUAUGACUUUAACUUGGGUGCUUUCACUGAGAGUUCUCUCUGGAGAUCAGUGGACUAUGGGAGCACUUACAUUAAACUGAAUAAUAAGGUUGGGUCAACCUUGGCUUGCCUCUACGUCUGCCCAACCAACAAGAGAAAGAUAAUGAUGCUUAGCGACCCAGAGCUGGAAAACAGUGUACUCAUCAGCUCAGAUGAAGGUGCCAGCUUCGAGAAGCAUCCCAUUAACUUCUACAUGGACGGUCUGCUGUUUCACCCAACACAGGAAGACUGGCUGCUGGCUAGCAGUCCUGACAACAAGGUGUACAGCACAAUGGACUUUGGAAGAAAAUGGCAGUUGGUUAGUGAGAAUGUGACUCCUGGACGGUUCUUCUGGGCACAAACGGGGCUGGACAGAGAGGCAGAUGUGGUCCACAUGGAGACCCACAUCGCCAAAGGACGUGCUCAGUAUGUUACGUGCAGAGCUCAACGAUGCACAGAAUCAAACAGACAGUACCUGUUCCCGGGACACAUAGACCAAAAUUCUCUGGUUGUUCAGGAUAACUAUGUGUUCGUUCAGGUUACCAAGUCAGGGCAGGCGAGUUACUUUGUGUCGUAUAUGAGGGAAUCAUUCAAACAAAUUCAGCUACCCAAAUACUGUCUUCCCAAGGACAUGCACAUCAUCAGUACAGAUAAGAAGCAGGUGUUUGCGGCUGUACAGGAGUGGAACCAGAAUUACACCUACAGCCUGUAUAUCUCAGACUCUCCAGGGGUCUACUUCACUCUGUCUUUAGAGAACCUCAGGACCAGAAGAGAGCCAGGCGGAAAUUUACUGGUCGACAUGUAUAAGGUAGAAGGAAUAAACGGCGUAUUUUUUGCAAACAAAUUGGUGGACCAUGAAGUGAAGACUUUCAUUACCUAUAACAAGGGUCAGACCUGGGCCCUUCUGCAAGCCCCUAACACUGAUGUGGCUGGAAACAGUCUGCACUGCAUCCUGCCAUUUUGUUCUCUGCAUCUGCACCUGGAUAUGCCUGUGAACCCUUACCUGCCUGGACGCAUCUUCAGUAAGGACUCAGCACCAGGGAUCAUCGUAGCCACAGGCAACAUUGGUACAGAGCUGUCCUCCACUAACCUUGGAAUGUUUAUAACAUCUGAUGCUGGCAAUAGCUGGAGACAGAUAUUUGAAGAAGAACUUGGUGUUUGGUUUCUUGACAAUGGAGGUGCUUUAGUUGCAGUGUCUUUAGUUGCAACAGUACCCAUCCGGCACAUAUGGAUAAGUCUGGACGAGGGUAAGACAUGGGAUCGUCACAGUUUCUCUCUGGUUCCUUUGUUUCUGGAUGGAGCUCUUAUGCAACCAGAGAAUCACAUCAUCACUUUCACUGGACACUUAAGUCGUAUUUCAGAAUGGCAGCUGAUAAAGAUUGACUACAAAGCCAUCUUUAGCAGGAGAUGCAUGGACGGAGAUUAUCAGACUUGGAACCUACAUAACAAGGGAGAGCCAUGUGUGAUGGGAGAAAAGCAGACCUUUAUGAAACGAAGGCCAGGGAACCGCUGUAUGCUGACCCAGGACUACUCCCGAGUCAUAUCCUCAGAACCAUGCAUCUGCAGGGCAUAUGAUUUUGAAUGUGAUUAUGGGUAUGAACGUCAAGCUGACGGAAAGUGUUCACCUGCUUUUUGGUUCGACCCAAAUACGGUACCAAGAAGCUGCAGCACUAGCCAGAAUUACCUCAAUAGCACAGGGUACAGGAAGGUUUUGUCUAAUAACUGCAAAGAGGGAGGAAAGGAUGUGUACUCCCCCAGGAAACAGCGUUGUUCCCCCAGGCCUCCCAGAGGCCUCAGACUGACCACCAGCCAUGGAGACCUCACCGCCAACCUGGGCAGUAACGUCACCUUCCUGGUGCAUCUGGACGAUGGAAACUCGUUGUGGACAUAUAUCCAGCUAGACUUUGGGGAUGGCAUCACGAUCAUGUACAACCUGAGCCGGAGAGGCGAUGGGAUCAAACACAGCUAUAGAGCACCUGGGAUCUUCAGAGUGACAGCACAUGCUGAGAACAGCCAGGGAUAUGACAGCAGCUCCAUGUUCUUACAUAUCACCAGCCCAGUGGAGCGUGUGUAUCUCUCAGCUCCUAUUGUGGCCAUCAGGAAGAAGGAAGUCAACCUAACUGCUGUGGUCUGGCCCGUCCACCAAAGAACACUAACCUUUUUCUGGUGGUUUGAAAACAGCUCUGAGUCCUUAAUAACCUUGGGUGGAAGCAUCGCGUACACGUUUCAGAAGGAGGGCAUGAACAGGGUCAUUGUCCAGGUGUCUUCUGGGUGCAACAUACUGCAGGAUACCAAGGUCAUCAUUGUUAAAGAGUUCUUCAAUUCCCUGCUGUUAUCAUUCUCUCCGACUUUGGACGAGCACAACCCUGACAUCCCUGAGUGGAAAGAGGAUGUGGGCCGCGUGGUGAGGACAGCUGUGUCACAGGUGUCUGGGUUUCCAGAAGAGCAGCUGUUGGUAUCGUUGUUUCCAGGUGUUCCAACAACAGCAGAACUAUUUAUCCUGCCUGAGACUCCGUUGUCUGAACAUGGGAAAGGGAACGAAGAGGACUUAGUGAGUAUAUCAGACAUUCUUAUAAAUGCCCUGAACCAAGGAUUGAUCCAGUUUGAGUUGAAACCUGACACUCAAAUAAUUGUUUACAUCACACAGCUAACUUCAGCACCUCUGGUUGAUUCCAACCCAAUUCACAGUAGCUCAGCCAUGCUGAUGUUGCUGUCUGUGGCGUUUGUUGGUUUAGUUGCAUUCUUCAUCUUCAAGUUCAAAAGGAAAAUCCCUUGGAUCCAUGUCCAGGCUGAGGAGAACCAGGAAAAGGAGCCGGAGAGGAUUGGUACGGUUGGGCAGAACAACGCCAUGUCAAAGAUGAAGCACAGUGAGUUCCCCUCAGAGAAGGAACUUACGGAGAAAGAACUGGAGGCCAGGACCAGAGGAGAAAAUGGAAGAACUGGGGAGAGAGUGAUCACAAGAGAGUUUCCUACUUGUACUAAUGUCUAAGAAAUGAGAUUCUGAAUACUGUAAGUACAGGUUGUGGUGUUUCAAUGUACCAAUUUUAAAAGCUUUGUUUUCACCAUAUACUUUGGUCGCUGAGAAUUGCUAAUUAAUAUGUGUUUCACAAUACUUUAGAAAUCUAUAUAGCGGGAGAAUACAUUUGGUGCAUAUACUUUACUUGAGUAUUGAGGAAGCGUAAUAUGACAUCUGUGAAUGUCAGAAAUAAGAACAUGCCAUUGUUGAAAGAGUAAUUGUCUUCUUCAGUGCCAGAUAGCAUUGCUAAUGAAUACUUUAACGCAACAUGAUUAUCUUACAGAUGUACAUUUGAUAAUGACAACUGUAUCGACUGUACUAUUACACAAGGGAGGUGGAAUGUAAAUAAUAACACAUAAAGGCAUACUACAAAUUAGUGUGGCUACUUGGGAAACAAUCUCUAGACUAUAAUUGAGGCUGUUAAAAGGUGUACAGGUGGAUGAAAAGCAUGUAUGCCAACAUUUUCUAUUAGAUUGUCCAUUCUAGAAUCUUGGCACACUGAACAGAGUUUGUCUACUGCUAAUACAAUAAUAUUGCUCACUUUUUCUAGCAUGUCAUAAUUCACUUUUUUAACAGUAACAUAUAAGAUAAUAUGAUGAGGUAAACAAGUGUUGAUCAUGGUGAUUUUAAUAUUAGUAAAAGUUUUAAACCAUUUAUCGGAUUGUCUUGUUGAAGAUUGAGCAAAAGUUGCUUAACAUUGUAGUGCAUGAGCUAUACUGUAUUGUUCAUUUUGUUAGCUAAGCUAAUAUUUAAGUUUUUACCCCAUAGUUCUUACUGUAAACAAAAUGAAAUGUAAUUGUUCAAAAUAAAUGUAUUUUUCUAUGAAA